AUGGCGGCCCUCACGGCGCCCCGCCCCCGGCCGCCCCGGGGGGGGCGGCGCCCGGCUGGGCUUGUGCUGGUCUUCGCGGCCGCCACGGCCGCGCUGUGGCUGCUGUCGGUGCGGCUGAGCGCGGGGCAGACGCGCAGGGCGCUGCGGUUCCCGGCGGACCUGGAGGAGCUGCGGGAUCUGGCCGAGGCGCUGCGGGACUACGAGCGGCAGCACCGGGGCGCGGCGCUGGCCCUGUUCUGCGGCGCGUACCUGUACAAGCAGAGUUUCGCCAUCCCCGGCUCCAGCCUCCUGAAUGUCCUAGCUGGAGCACUCUUUGGGCCAUGGAUGGGGCUGGUGCUGUGCUCCGUGCUCACGUCUGUGGGAGCCACCCUCUGCUACCUGCUCUCUGCAGCUUUUGGCAAGCAGCUCAUUGUCCACUUCUUCCCUGAGAAGGUGGCUCUGCUGCAAGGGAAGGUAGAAGAGAACAGGAGCUGCUUAUUUUUCUUCUUGUUGUUCCUGAGGCUGUUCCCCAUGACACCAAACUGGUUUCUGAACCUCUCGGCUCCCAUUUUAAACAUCCCCAUCUCCCAAUUCUUUCUCUCCGUCCUCAUUGGCCUUACACCAUAUAAUUUCAUCUGUGUGCAGACAGGGGCCAUUCUGUCCCAAAUCACCUCUCUGGAUGCCAUCUUCUCCUGGGACACACUGCUCAAGCUGCUGGCCAUGGCUGUGGCAGCGCUGAUUCCAGGGACCCUCAUCAAGAGAUACAGCAAGAAACACCUGAAGCUGGAUGGGGACAAGCAAGCUCAGACACUCAAUGGCAGAAAGAGCUUGUGAUGGCUUAGGUGCCCCAGUUUUGGGGUAAAAGCUGCAGGACUCUGUUCCCAGGGGUUAUAUUCUGCAUGCUCUGUGUCACCAAGGACAGUGGCAAUUUUUAAUCGUCCUUCUCAUCUCAGAGGAGGUGUCCGUUCUUAUUUUAAUGAAUGUUUAUCUGUGCAUGUACCUGCACGGAGAGAGGGAUACAGGGGCUUUGUGAACACUCAGUUAAUGUGCCUGUUUCAUUUUUAUCAGUCUCCUGUGUGCCUGAGGCUGUGGGGAAUAAAAUGAGGAGUAUUGGCAUCCUGUGAGGAAGGCAAACCAGCAGCCAGCUGUGGAUCACUGGCCAAGUACAACCCUGCGGGCAGUAGGCAGGCCCUGCUCCCUCCAAUUCCAGACAGAUUUAACAUUUUUGGCCUAAAAUGAUGAGCUAUGUGCUCCUGUGCUCCAGUGCAGCUGUACAAGCACCAAGUUGAGAAAAUAAUGUGUUUCAGGGUGCAGCUGUAGAAGAUUCUUCUUUGAUUCCCAUGUUAAACCAGCACCCCCUGCAGCAAAAUGCUCGGGAUUUGAGCUGCCUGAAUCAGUCAUGUCAGAAGACUUGACAUUGCUUCUCUGGUCUGCCAGUGGCUGCUACUUCACAUAAAGACUAAAGGGGAAAAGAAUGGGAAUGGAUGUGCCUGACUGACAGAGAUUUGUCCUUGAAAAACACCUUGACACCCACACAAUUGCUCCUGUGUAACUAGGAGGAUUCCAAAUAAAGAGAUGGGCUCUGUCCCAGUUGUGGAGAACAUAGGAUCCCAGAAUGGUUUGGGUGGAAGGGAUUCUAAAGCCCAUCCUGUUUCACCUCCUGUGGGCAGGGACACAUUCCACUAUCCCAAGUUACUCCAAGUCCUGUCCAGGCUGGCCUUGGACACUUCCAGGGAUCCAGGUGCAGCCACAGCUUCUCUGAACAAUUUUGUGCCAGGGCCUUACCACCCUCCUCCCUUUGGGAUGAUACUCUGCUCUUGGGGUUUUGGUAUUUACUGUCCAUGAGGAGAUCCACUUGGAGGAUAAAGUAACUUUCCUGGUAUGGAAGGGGGCAGAGGGGAGACCCCAGGGCAAGGCUUCGUGACACCAUCCAAAUUCCAUGAGAACCCAUUCCCAGAUCACCAGACCAGCCUGCAGCAUUGAAGUACACUGGCUUUUUAUUCCAUGCAUUGUUUGCUUUGAUAGUCAUUCUUGUUUCCAUCACUGUACACUGGUCAAUACAAAAAAAAAAAUCAAGUUUGUCUCAGGAAUCCACAGAGCAGGGAGGAGGGGAUGAACACUACUGGACAGGGCCAAGAUGAAAUGGGUACUUAACACGACAGUGGGGAGGGCAACAUUCAGCUCUGGGAGAAAAUCUAGGCUAGUGUUCAGGAGCUGUCAGCAGCCACGAGAACUGGAUCAGGGUACUUGGGAUGCUGGAAGGGGAACCCACAGUUUACUCCGGCCCUGGAAUGCAGUGUUACUACAGAGAGUAAGCAGGUUCACCAACACCUCUCAACCCCAGACCCUGCCAGGAGAGGAAGUGCCAGGAACUGUAAUAGAGGUGCCCAUACAGCGAUGUGUGCAAUCCCAGGGAGGUAUCACCACGGAAAAUCCUACAGAACCCACUCAGAACUGACAGCAGUCACCCCGGGAAUGUUGGGGUGCUGAGCCAGCUCUGCCUGCACACAGCGAGGCCAUGGGACGUGUGUGCAGGGGAGGCUGGGGUGACACCUCCAGGGGCGGGGCAAGGGGCUGCCCUAGUGGCAUUCCCAGAGGGAUGCAGCGUCCGGGGCAGUGGGUGGGAGCAGCGGCACUGGACUGGAACAGUGCAAUGACCCGGGGAUGUAAGAAUAGAGCUAAAUGUGCAGCCUGGAGGGGGCAGCUCUGCUUGCCCUGGCUGCAGAACAGGUCAGCAUGUCCCCAGGUAAGAAUGGGGAGGGAUCAGCACACACCCAGGACAGCUGGCCCAGAAGGGUCUCAAAAUCCCAAACACCAAAGUUCCACGAGCCCAAUGGAGCUUCAUCCCAUGGUGGAGCCUAUGCAGAGACCACAGAUACCCAAACCCCUCUGGAAUCUGUUUGUCAGGGACUGGAUCACCACAGGCUGGAGGCCCUGGGGACAGUGACAGGCCUGAGCUGGAGGCAGCUCUGCUUUGGGGCUGUUUGUAGGACUGCCCAAGGAUAUCAGUGCUGCCCUUGGGUCUCCAAGAGCCUGCCAGGUCUGAGCAGUCUCCCCAGGGGCACAGGACUUGGCAUCCUCUGCUGGGGACACUCGAUGGCAGUUCUCCACCUCUCUUUACACCACAGUGUGUUGUGUGCAUACAGUUCUCCACUGCUAAAUUCCCACACCUUGACCUCCAGCCUCCUCAGUAACCAUCUGCAGCACCAAACCCCCUCUCACACCACAACAGCAAAGCCAUCUCUGGCUCUGCCAGCUCCUCCUGCUGCUGGCUGAGAGACAAAGAACAUUGGGGAGGAGAAACGAAGGGUGGGAAGAGAGAGGGAAGGAGCCAGGAAAGAGCUUCACUCCUCACAGAGUUCUGCCUCAGCCCAGAGUAGGGUGAGCAGGUCACUCCCUCUCCAAGAGUCUGUUUGGUCCUGCCUGGGUGAUCCACUACAUGGACCCACUGCCCAGGACAACUGCCCUCUCCCUGAUGUCCUUUUGGAUGCUCUGGCCAGGGAAUCUUGUCACAGUUACUCACUUUGUGAUCAGUUCAAAAGCCCCUCACUCCCUGACCACCCUUCCCACAUUCCCACCAGUUCAGUGGCUGCCAACCAUCAGCAACAUGAGCAAACUGCAGCUCUGCCCACAAGGAACCUGAGUGCAGCCAUCCACCCAUCUCUGUUCUCUGCCCUGGAGUAACAGCAUCCUGGAAAUCACCAGAGGCAGCAACUCCUGACAGCCACUGAGCCCAGCUCUGCUCCCACCCCUCU